GAUUUCAGUCACUCCCUUCAUUCCUUGCUGGGUGUAUCCGCUGAUUCCGCUCGUUCGCUUAGAAAGAAAAAUUUUGUUCUCGUGCAGCGCGACUUAUUUUCAUCAUAUCUUUGCUCAUAUCAAACGUGCCUGAGCUCCAUUGCAUCUUCUCUCAUAUCGAACAGUGGUACAGUGAGAGAGACGUUUCAACGUAAUAAUCUUCCCUCGUAUCGAACCAAUAUUGGUACUGAGCAAGUAAAUGAGUAAUGGCAACCGAAUCGAAGAGGAAAGACGAUUAUUCUUCUGUCCCGACAACAGUAAUAGCAACCGAAUCCAAGAAGAAAGACAAUGCUUCUGUCCCGACAAGAUUCAAAAUCGCCAUCUGUAUUCUGGUGUUAAUUAUUGUAGGUCUUAUUGUUGCUCUUAUUGCAGUUUCUGUCAGUCAAUCUAACGACGAUCAAGACGACACGAAGACUUGCUCACAAAGAUCAACUAUAAAACCAAAGUUCACAAAAUCUCAGGAUCUGUUUCGAGAUUUAAAUGAAGAGGAGCUUCGUAAAGUGCGCGACUACAUCUUGGACAAUGCCGCAAUAGAUGUCACCCCUUUUGACAAAGCCACGAUUGACUCGAAUUACAUUUUCUUGAUUGAACUACAGAAUCCUAUCAAAGAUGAAGCUGUUGCAUAUCUUGACGGCAAUGGACAAAAACCAACAAGAGCGGCAAAUGUUAUAAUAUUCAAAGGAGCGGAGUCUCCACCAGUUGUGGAGGAAAUACUGGUUUAUUUGGAUGAACCGAUGAGACAUGAACCCAACACUCUUCUUACUAAACGCACAAUCCCAUUUCACACACGUCCUGCAAAUAAACAUUUGUCAGCUAUCAUAAAUGAGAUCGCCACAAACUUUGGUACAAAAGCACACCAUAUUCUGAAGGAAUCCUUCGGAGAUUACUCGAUCGUCAACUGUACAGAUCGAUGUCUAACACAUUUCUACAUUGGAUUCAAUGCAUUGCCAGAUUCAGAUGAGAAGAUAGCUUAUAUUUGGUUCACGAGAAAUAUGCCUGGAUCAAUAUUACAAGCAGUUGAUUUACAACUGUUGGUACAAGAUGUCCAAGACGUUGAUGCCAGCAAAUUGAAGCCAAGGGUCUACUACAAUAAACGAAUCUUUGAUUCAGUCGAUGAAUUCAUCGAGUUAUAUAAACUUGGAAACGUCACAAAAGUUAAACACCCUCCUACAGGAAAAGAUCUUACAUUUUCCAGUGUUAACAGACGAGGAACAAAUCUUCAACCUUCUCUACCAUUACGUGAACCUGAACAAUUUGAACCGGAUGGUAAACGUUACACAGCAGAAAACAAUCAUAUCGAAUACAUGGGAUGGAGUUUUGAUUUUCGUGUUCGUACAACAUCAGGUCUACAAUUGUUUGAUAUCAGAUUUAAUGGAGAAAGAAUCGUGUACGAACUAAGCUUACAAGAACCUGCAGCAUUUUACAGCGCCUAUUCUCCCGUACGAGCUAAUGUUAAUUAUCUUGACAGUGGCUGGGCACUUGCAGCUAAUUUUGAACUUGUAAAAGGUGUUGACUGUCCCAAAUCUGCUAGAUACUUUGAUAUUGUAUAUUUUGUCGACUCGUCAAAACCACGAAAACGUCGUAAUGCCGUUUGCGUCUUUGAACACAAUUUACAAAUACCGCUUCGCCGCCAUUUUGAGAACGACUUUGAAGGUAGUUAUACUUUCUAUGGAGGAAUGCAAAGUACAGGACUUGUUUUAAGAACAAUGUCCACACCAUAUAACUACGACUAUGUAAAUGAUUUCAUAUUUUAUCCUAAUGGAAUAAUUGAAACGAAGAUUUCCCUAACGGGCUACUUACAAACAACAUUUUGGACCCCUGAAGAAGACCAAUAUGGCAAUCAAGUGUAUAAAAAUGUCGCUGGCUCACUGCAUGAUCAUAUGGUCCAUUACAAAGUUGAUCUAGAUAUUGCAGGAAGAAACAACAGAUAUGAAACAAUAACAACAAAAAUCGAGAACAUUUCUUCAUUGUGGUUUCCAAACAAACGUCAUAUUCAGAAAAAAUUAACGCGUGAUUUAAAGAAAACUGAGGUCGACGCUGCUUAUAAAUUUAAAUUCCAACAUCCAUCUUAUCUGAAUUUCUAUAACUCAGCAAAGAAGAACGCUUAUGGUGUUCGACGAGGAUAUCGGGUUCAACUCAAUGGAAUACUUCAUCAAUUGUAUCCAGAAAACUGGGAAUUUACAAAUGGUUUCAGUUGGUCACAUUAUCAACUUGCAGUAACAAAAUACAAGAAAAAUGAAGAGAGAAGUUCAUCUGUUUAUAACGAAAAGGACAUGUACAAUCCAGUUGUAGACUUUAAAAAGUUCAUUUUGGAUAACGAGAGCAUUGUGGAUGAAGAUUUAGUCUCGUGGAUAACUGUAGGUCUUUUGCAUAUCCCACAUUCUGAAGAUAUUCCCAACACAGCAACAGCUGGUACCCACCUUGGAUUCUUUCUUCGACCUUUCAAUUACUUCGAUGAAGAUCCCUCAAUAUCGUCAAGAGAUAGUGUUUUGAUCACGCCAACUGAUGAUGGUUCAAAGGUUGAUAGAUUUGGUAGACCUCAUGGUUCUCAAUGCGUUCCCCCGGAUGUACCCAUUGAUUACAACGGACGAGAAUUAUAAACUAACAUUUCAAAGAUAAUUGUAGAAUCAUAGACGAUAAGCACAUAUAGUAGAAUCGAAUUGUAGAAUCAUAGAGGAUAAUCACGAUACAUAUAUUUUAUGAUUUUUGUCAAUGAAGAACAGACUAGCGAAGGGUAAUAAUAUAAACUUUUAAUUUUUAGGGUUGUAGUUUAAGGUCAGGUUAUGAGUAGGUUCAAGAUUACACAAGGGAAAAUAGUAUAGAAACUAAGGGACCAUCUUAAGGGCAGUUCCAGGUUUAAAACAUAAACAUAUCAUACACGGGAAAAUUAUUAUGUAGCUAAGAAUCGGGCAGAGGUUCGCCGGCGUGAUUGCCAUGCACUUCAUAUAUAUGCACUGAAGUGAACAAAAGUUGUAGAAGAUAUUACGAUUAUAGAUAUUGGUCUGAGGCAAACAAUAGAUAGAUAAAAUGAAAAAAAUAGAUAAGCUAAACUUGUCAUUGUUUUCACCUUUAUUCUUAGUCUUAGAGAAACACUUUACUCGCAGACAAA